UUGUCAUUCCGCUCCCAUAAUCCCACAAGAAAGAACGCGUUCGACAAGAUGCCCGCCCCGGGCGACCAACACAGCAACUGGGAGAAUCCCUUCGAGGAGCCCCAGAAGCGAAUGAGCGAAUACACGGCCCAAGAAAUCGCCACGCUCCAGAGCCGUCUCGAGAAGCAGCUCGGCCCCGAGUACAUCUCCGCGCGCGCCGGCCCCUCGGGACAGAAGGUCCACUACAUCGCCGCCGAGAAAUGCAUCGCCCUCGCGAACGAGGUCUUCGGCUUCAACGGCUGGUCCUCGUCAAUCCAGAACAUCCAGGUCGACUUCGUCGACGAGCACCCCCAGACGAUGAAGAUCAGCCUGGGGCUGUCCGUCAUCAUGCGCGUCACCCUCCGCGACGGCACCUUCCACGAGGACAUCGGCUACGGACACAUCGAGAACUGCAAGGGCAAGGCUGCCGCUUUCGAGAAGGCGAAGAAGGAGGGCACCACCGACGCGUUGAAGAGGGCGCUGAGGAACUUUGGCAAUGUGCUCGGCAACUGCAUUUACGACAAGGACUACCUCGCCAAGGUGACCAAGAUGAAGGUCGCCCCGACAAAGUUCAACGAGGUUGAGCUGCACAGGCAUUCCGACUUUGCUGUGAAAAAGGAGGAGAAGGCGCCGCCGCCGCCUCCGCCUAUUAAGCACGAGACGACGGUUGACUCGCUUGAGGACCUUCUUGAAGAUUUUGACGAGGCAGACUUCGCCGUGGUUGAGGGUGAUCACCCGGACGAGGUAUCGCUUCCAACGGCCGCAAAUGGCUCUUCAAACGAACGAGCCGCCAGUAUCGCCCCAGCACCAGCACCAGCACAACCGGUUCCUCCACACAUGCAGACCUCCAACCGAUCCCUAGGCAGAAGCACAUCAGCAGAAAAUCUAGGACGGGCCCCUCAGACGCCAAAUCAAGCACAUUCACGCCAUCAACCCCAAGCCUACGGAAACCGCCCUCAACCACCAAACCAACCUCGCGCCCCUACAAACCCUACAGCGCCGUCCGCGCCUUCGGCCCCGCCGGCCAACGGCAACAUGACAACCCCGGGCGGCCCCAACUCGGCCGAGCCGAUGGCCUUCUUCUCCGCACGUGCCGUACAGCAAAUCCCCGAUUCUGCUUUGCAGGGGAACAACGCUGACGCUCCUCUGAUGAUGCCAGCCGGGCAACAAGCCUUCAAUCCCAAGGCAGAGAGCCCAUCCAUACGAAAGACCCCCGGCAUAGACCACAACUCCUCCAAGCCCCUGACGCGCAGCGGCAUGCAUGUCCCUCCCACCUCGACACAGUCCGACGCGGCGCCGUCCAAGGGCUCGGGGUUCACGCCCGUCAGGCCCGCCGGUGCCGGUCCGGCGCCCAACCCCCAGUUCAGCCAGGCCAGACGUAUCGGCGCUCCGGGCGGUCCAGGUAGUCCCUUGGCCAACCGGGGCUCGUACCGUCCGCCGACGAUGAAGCGUCCCCUUCAGCAGGACGCCGGGGCUGGCAGACCUGCCCUGGCGGAUGUAUCGAAUAACGGGGCCGUGGGCAAUGCCCCUGGCGGAGGCGGAUUCGAUCCUAAGCGACAGAAAAUGUCAUGA